UCUCACUUAGGAGCUUCUCCAUUCUGUCAGUUCUCCCGGAUCGGAUCGUCCAAGGCAAGACUGGCACCCAGCACACACGGCAGGAUUCCUGGGACCCCUAUCUCACUCACUUCCUUAAAAGCAGCAUAGCACACGAGCUGCCACGGACUUUUGGAGUCAGGAAGAUGGUUGCGUUUGAUCUUGCGUAGAUUAUUUAAAGCAAGCCUCAGUUUGCUCGGCUGCAAAGCAAGGAGAGUAACAGCCACACCUCGCAGAUGUAGGGUACCAGUCACUGUCCACAAAGGUCGCUGUGAGAACUAGCUGCCAGGAACCAUGGAGUCCUUCAGCUCCAAGAGUCUGGCGCUGCAAGCCGAGAAGAAGCUACUAAGUAAGAUGGCGGGUCGCUCCGUGGCGCAUCUGUUCAUCGACGAGACGAGCAGCGAGGUGCUCGACGAGCUCUACCGCGUCUCCAAGGAGUACACACACAGCCGGCCGCAGGCGCAGCGGGUAAUCAAGGACCUGAUCAAGGUGGCCGUCAAGGUGGCCGUGCUGCACCGCAGCGGCUGCUUCGGCCCCGGCGAGCUGGCCCUGGCCGCCCGCUUCCGCCAGAAGCUGCGGCAGGGCGCCAUGACGGCGCUCAGCUUCGGCGAGGUGGACUUCACCUUCGAGGCCGCCGUGCUGGCCGGCCUGCUGACCGAGUGCCGGGAUGCGCUGCUGGAGCUGGUGGCGCACCACCUCACGCCCAAGUCGCACGGCCGCAUCCGCCACGUGUUCGACCACUUCUCGGACGCCGGCCUGCUCACGGCCCUCUACGGGCCCGACUUCACUCAGCACCGGGGCAAGAUCUGUGACGGGCUCCGGAAGCUGCUGGACGAGGGCAAGCUCUGAGCGCCCGGGGCCCAGCGCGCCCACCUCGGCCCCGCGGCGGACUGCGAACACGCCACCCAACGGGCUCGCUACCGCUGCUCACCUGCACUAACGCUUUUCAGUCUUCAGGCUUCAGGCCUUCCCCGGAGCGCUCCCGCCUCUGGGGCCACCCCACCCCCAAACUGCCGGUGGAGAAGAAGCGAAGCUGAGGGUUGGGGCCUCUCUCCCGCCCCAGCCCCAGGACAGGAAACAAAGCUGCCUGAAAAAGACGAACUGAAACUUGGAUCUCUAUUUCCCCCAUAAGGGACAUUUGAAACAGGGAAGCCCCCUCCCUUGUGAACCAGGGGAAGAGGGCAUAGCCCAUCUAACCCUUCAGGGGACACUAAAGACAGAAGGAGGAAUGGGGGCCCCUCUGAGCCACCCUAGACUUCCAGCUCCAGGCAGAGCCUGGACAGAUACCAGAGGCUCUGUUCCAGAGCGCAGGAAGAAGGGGCUAGGGCAGGGGAGAUUCUCAAAGGGGAAAUAAAACUACUAAAACAUG